UGUGGAGAGACUGAAUGAAUAGACUGUUACAGCUGAAUCGUGGUGGUUGCCAGAGUCGGUGGUGUGUGCCUAGCGUGCCUACCUUCUUGAAUCAAGGACUGAGUAGUUUUGCCGUUGGACGGUGGAGAAAAGUGCAAGUGGAAUUGCAUCGAAACGACCCGAAACCAUGUCGAGACAUAUGUCGGAGAAUGAUUAUGAGGAUGAUCCCGAGGGUCGGGACCCCAGGGACGAGGUGGACGACGAAGAAGAGGACGAAGACUAUGAGGAGGAGCCGGAUUUCAGCGAUGAUCCGGACUUUGUGGACGAGAUCGACGACGCCGCGCUCAUGGGCGACAUCUUGGCUCGUCGACCCAAGGAAUCGGACGGCGUGGACUCGGUGGUGGUGGUGGAUGGCACGCCCGUAGUGGGACCCGACCGAUUGGACAAACUCAAGAAGAUCGUAUCGAAAGUGUUUGGACAGGUGGGCGACAUUGUGAACGAGCAUCAUCCGGUUGAGGCUAAUGGCACCAGCAAAGGCUACGUGUUUCUUGAAUAUGCCAACCACGCCACCGCCCUCGAGGCUGUACGCUCGUUGAACAAUUAUCGAUUGGACAAGCAGCACAAAUUCACCGUGAACUUGUUCUCGGACUUUGACAAAUACAUGUCAAUCCCGGAUGAAUGGGAGCCGCCCAAGGAAGAAGCCUACAAAGACCAGGGCAACCUCAAAUCCUGGCUGCUCAACACGGAUGCCUACGACCAGUUCAGUAUCAUCUAUGAGGGCGGCGAAAAGGUGGCCAUCCACCAAAACGCCAAGCCCGAUCCCGUCCAAUUGGAGUUGAGACCCCGUUGGACCGAGACCUAUCUGAAGUGGUCGCCCUCGGGCACGUUCCUGGUCACACUUCACAGCCCCGGGAUUGCCAUCUGGGGUGGACAGGACUUCCGCAAGCUCCAGCGCUUAUCUCAUCCCGGCGUUCAAUACGUGGACUUUUCGCCUUGUGAGAGGUACGUGGUCACGUUUGCGCCUCAAGCUCCCAUCUCGGACGAGCCCACGGCGGUGAUCUUUUGGGAGGCUCGAAGCGGCCUCAAGAAGCGAGCCUUCAAUGCUGACGGGCCGCCCGUGUGGCCGUUGUUUAAAUGGUCGCAUGACGACAAAUACUUUGCACGCAUGACUGACGAGUCCACGCUUAGCAUUUACGAAACACCUUCAUUCGGCAUGUUGGACAAGAAGAGCAUCAAGGUGGCCGGUAUGCAAGACUUCUCCUGGGCGCCCACGGAAAAUAUUCUUGCUUACUGGGUGGCCGAGGAUAAGGAUGUCCCUGCCCGUGUGACACUAAUCGAGAUCCCAUCUAGGAAUGAGGUCCGGGUCAAGAAUCUGUUCAAUGUGGCCGACUGUAAAAUGCAUUGGCAGAAAAGUGGCGACUAUCUGUGCGUGAAAGUGGAUCGUUAUAGCAAGUUGCGAAGAGAGAGAGACGACGGUCCCAAGUACGCUGGCCUUUAUUACAACUUUGAGAUCUUCCAUAUGCGCGAGAAACAGAUUCCUGUCGAUAGCGUGGAAAUCAAAGAGAAUGUGCAGGCUUUCGCCUGGGAACCCAUAGGCCAUAAGUUCGCUAUCAUUCAUGGCGAGGGUCAAAGUCUCAACGUGAGCUUCUACGGCGUGAAGACUGGACACACGCCUGCGUUGUUGAAGAAGUACGAGCGGAAAACAGCCAACUGUUUGUUCUGGAGUCCGUGCGGUCAAUUCAUCAUUUUGGCUGGGCUCCGGAAUAUGAGCGGGGUGCUCGAGUUUGUCGACACAUCCGAUUUCACCACCAUGAACACCGGCGAGCACUUCAUGUGUACGGACGUUGAGUGGGAUCCCACGGGUCGCUACGUCAUGACGGGCGUGUCCUGGUGGGGCCACAAGGUUGACAACGCCUACUGGCUCUGGUCAUUCCAAGGCAAAAUUCUCAAACGAUGCCAGCUCGAUAAGUUCUGUCAGUUCCUUUGGCGACCCCGCCCACCCACUCUUCUUACCAAGAAGGACGUCAAGGAGAUCAAGAAGAAUUUCAAGAAGUACACCGUGGAUUUCGAAGCCCAAGACAUGAUGCGUUCUUCCAAGGCCUCCAAGGAACUGAUAGACAAGCGUCGCGCCAAGUACGACGAGUACAAGGCCUACCGAGCCAAGAAAUUGGAGCAAUUCCAGGCCUAUCGAGAUAUGCGCAUCCAAUUGAGAAAUGGAAUGGACACGGAUACGCUCGAGGUCAAGAACGCCGUCAUGGAAGAGGAAGUGGUCGAGUUUUUGGUCAAGGAGGAAGUGACCAUAGUGGAUUAAUUCGACUUUCUUUUAAACCUCAUGAUAUGUGGAAUAAACAUGAUGUAAUAACUGAAAA